CUCUGCAUCUCCUAUAACCAGCAUCAGCAUCAGCAUCAUGGUGGAUCAGUUCAUUGGCACCUGGAAGCUGUGUGACAGCCAGGGCUUCGAUGAGUACAUGCAGAAGCUAGGGGUUGGCUUUGCCACAAGGAAAGCAGGUGCCGUGGCAAAGCCAAAUGUGAUAAUUUCUAAAAAUGGCGAUGAGAUCUGCCUGAGAACAGAGAGCACACUAAAGAACACGGAGAUGAAGUUCAGACUUGGAGAGGAGUUCGAUGAGACAACCGCAGACAGCAGGAAAACGAGGACCCUUAUAACCUGCAAUGAUGGAGUGCUAACACAGGUGCAGAAAUGGGAUGGAAAAGAGACCACUAUCACAAGGGAACUGAAGAAUGGACAGAUGGUGGUGACCUGCACAUUGGAUGAAGUGAAAUGUGUCCGCCUGUAUGACAAGGUGAAGCCCUAAAUUUCAGUUUAUGAAUUAGACUGAAACAGGAACACUGCUCAGUUCAAUGAGCCUCGCUCAGCUACACUACUCUGCCUGUGAAUCUUUUUACUUAUUAAUCAGGUGAACUUUUUUUGUGAAAUUGUACAUGGAGGCUGUAGUGUACCCAAUCUGAACCUGCUGCGACUCUCAAAUAAAGUCCUCACACCCUGAA